AUGGAGCUGGCGCCUGCCAACGCGGAUCCGGAGACCGUGAGCGUGCGCCUGCACACGCACCAUGCGCCGUCGCAGAGGGUGCACUUCAUCCUGGGCAUGGAGGAUGAGGAGGAGGAGGAGCAGAAGGAGGAGGAGCAGCAUCACGAUCUCUUCAUCGAGAUGCUGGAGCUGAGCUUUAAGGACGGGCACGAGGGCGAGUGGCAGGAGACCGCCAGGUGGCUGAAGUUCGAAGAGGACGUGGAGGAUGGUGGCGAGCGCUGGAGCAAGCCCUUCGUGGCGACGCUGUCACUGCACAGCCUCUUCGAGCUGCGACGGUGCCUGGAGCGCGGCACCGUCGUGCUUGACGCGACGGCGUCCACCAUGGAAGAGCUGGCCGGGGCGAUGCUGGACGACCCGGCGGCGGCGGCGGCGGCAACGGCGGAGGGGGCGGUUGGGGUGGGGUGCGUGGCGGGCGACGAGGCGCUUCGGGAGCGGCUCCUUGGCAUCCUCCUCAGGCCGCCGCGCCACCAGAGCGAGAAGAGGCUGAGCAGCAGGAUCCCCAUUGUGCGCUCCAUCGCGGACAUCGGCAAGAAGUACUCGGAGAGCCAGUUCCUCGACCGCAGCGGACACGCGGCGCUGCUGGCGUCGCCCCUCGUGGAUGGGGAAACGCGGAGCGGCGUGAGCAGAGAGAACUCGAACGUGGACUUCAGCAAGGUGGAUCUCAGCUUCCUGCGGAAGAUCCCACCGGGGGCGGAGGCGGCCAACGUGAUGGUGGGCGAGGUGGACGCCCUGGCAAGCCCCCUCGUGGCCUUCGUGCGCCUCUCCCAGGCCGCCCUUAUCCCCGGCCUCACCGAGGUGCCACUGCCCACGCGAUUUUUGUUCCUGCUGCUGGGCCCGCCGGUGCGGGGCGGUCGUCCUUACCGUGAGAUCGGUCGCUCCAUCGCCACGCUCCUAUCGGACGAGGUGUUCCACGCUGUGGCCUACAGGGCCCAGGGGCGGCACGAGCUGCUGCUAGGGAUCGACGAGUUCAUGGAGCAGGUGCUGGUGCUGCCCCCCGGCGAGUGGGACCCGUCCAUCCGCAUCGAGCCCCCCAAACACCUGCCCUCGCAGGAGAAACGGAAAACUUCGCCGGUGACCAACGGAACCGGAGUCGGGGUGGAGCCCAAAGCUCCCGAGCACAGCCUGGGACCUGAGCUCCAGCGCACGGGCAGGCUCUUUGGGGGGCUCGUCGGGGACGUGCGGCGGAAGGCGCCGUGGUACUGGAGCGACGUGCGCGACGGCACGAGCCUGCAGUGCGUCGCCUCUUUCCUCUUCCUCUACUGCGCCUGCAUGUCGCCCGUCAUCACCUUUGGCGGCCUGCUGGGAGAGGCCACCGACGGCUCCAUCAGUGCCAUGGAAUCUCUGCUGGGAGCCUCCAUGACCGGCCUGGCCUUCUCCAUAUUCGCGGGGCAGCCUCUCACUAUCCUGGGCAGCACAGGCCCAGUGCUCGUCUUCGAAAAAAUCCUCUUUGGGUUCUGCAAGACACAGGGCUGGUCGUACCUGUCGCUGCGCGCGUGCAUCGGCCUGUGGACGGCGUUCCUCUGCCUGCUUCUCGUGGCCACGGACGCGAGCUCGCUCGUGCGCUACAUCACGCGCUUCACCGAGGAGGCCUUCGCCGCGCUCAUCUGCGUCAUCUUCAUCUACGAGGCGCUGGAGAAGCUCGUGCGCCUGGGCGAGGAGUACCCCGUGAACCCCCGCGUGGACCUGCAGCGGCUCACGCACUACUCGUGCGCGUGCGUGGCUCCCGCGGAACCCAGCAACGAGACGCUGCGCCUGUGGGAGCGCCACAACGUGACGGGGAGCGCCGUUCCCUGGGGGAACCUCACCGUCAGCGAAUGCUGGCGCCUGGGAGGGGGGUUCGUGGGAGCGGCGUGUGGCCCUGGCGGCCCGUACGUGCCGGACGUGCUGCUCUGCUCCGUGCUGCUCUUCUUCACCACCCUCCUCUUGUCCUCCUUCCUCAAGCGCUUCAAGACCAUGAGAUACCUCCCCACCAAGGUACGUGCGGUGGUGAGCGACUUUGCGGUGUUCCUCACCAUCGUGAGCAUGGUGCUGGUGGACGCCAUGCUGGGCAUCCCCACCGCCAAGCUCCACGUGCCCAGCGCCUUCAAGCCGACUCGGGACGACCGAGGCUGGAUCAUCGACCCCAUCGGGCCCAACCCCUGGUGGUCGUCGCUGGUGGCGAUCGCCCCGGCCCUGCUCUGCACCAUCCUCAUCUUCAUGGACCAGCAAAUCACGGCAGUCAUCAUCAAUAGGAAGGAGCACAAGCUCAAGAAGGGCUGCGGCUACCACCUGGACCUGCUGUGCGUGGCCGUCAUGCUGGCCGUGUGCUCCGUCAUGGGCCUGCCGUGGUUCGUGGCGGCCACGGUGCUCUCCAUCUCGCACGUCAACAGCCUGCGCCUCGAGACGGAGAGCGCCGCGCCCGGCGCUCAGCCGCGCUUCCUGGGCGUGCGCGAGCAGCGCCUCACCGGGGUGCUCAUCUUCCUGCUCAUGGGCUGCUCCGUCUUCAUGACCAGCGUGCUCAAGGUGAGCACCGUCGUACGGAGGCGGCGGCAGGGAAGGCCCUCGCCGGAGAGAUCCAAAACCAAGGUCCGCAAAGUCCUCAUCAGAGAACUCCUUUUUGCUGAUGAUCCUGCGCUGACAGCUCCCACAGAACAAGGUCUGCAGACACUCAUCGACCACCUUGCCAAUGCCUGCAACAACUUUGGCCUGACAAUCAGUCUAAAAAAGACCAAUGUCAUGGGCCAGGAUGAUGGCAGAAUACCCAAGGAUGUCUCGUACGGCGAGCUGGCAUCAGGCACACGGGUCACUGGUCGCCCAGUCCUGCGCUUCAAAGAUGUCUGUAAACGGGACAUGAAGAGCUGCGACAUCAACCCAAAUGACUGGGAGAAACUGCCGUUCAUCCCCAUGCCGGUGCUCUACGGCAUCUUCAUGUACAUGGGACUCUCCUCCCUGCAGGGCAUUCAGUUCUUCGAGCGGCUCAAGCUGUACGGCAUGCCGGCCAAGCACCAGCCGGACGUGGCCUACCUCCGGCACGUGCCCUUGCGCAAGGUGCACCUCUUCACCUUCAUCCAGCUCGCGUGCCUCGCCCUGCUCUGGGCCGUCAAGGCCUCCCCCGCCGCCGUCAUCUUCCCCAUCAUGACAUAA